ACUAAGAAAUUUUUAUUUCUCAUACAUAUAUACCACAUAUAUAUACAUAUAUGCAUAGAUAAAUGUAAUACGUACAUAUAUGUGUGUGCGCACACAUAUUGCGCUACAGCCAUAUGUAUAUGUGUAUGCCAGUAUAUGUAUAUACCUUCACAUAUUUUAUAUACAUAUGUAUAUGCAUAUCUAUUCACCUACUGUACCACUUCAUUAUGUAAGCAGCGGGAACUGUACGACGCCAAGCAAGCAAAAGCAGAAAAAGAAAACGCUAAAGCAAAAAAAAAAAACCAAAAGGGAACCAGCAAACGACAAACCAAAUAUAACCAAGAAACAACGAAAUUGAACAGAAAUGUUAUAAAUCAUUAAUAACUGUAAUUUGUAAAUGUUCCGUAACCACAAACCACGCCCACGCUGAAACUAUUUUUCGCUUGUUUUAAAACGGAAGCGCAAUAUGUCAUCCGUUGUGGCCGGCGAAACGCCGCUAAUUAAUCUAGCCGAGGAUCUCGAGGACGGCGAGAUCGAUGAUGAUGACGAUGAUGAUGAGCAGCAGCAGCAACAGCAACAACAACAACAACAACAACAACAAAUAUUAAACCAAACACAACAACAACAACAACAGCAACUAAAGCCCACAGCCUUCAAAGCUGGCGGCUCCAAUGAUGAAGUCCAAUUCGUGGGCAUUGAGCGCCUGAACGAGAAGCAGCCGCUGCUGCACGACGAUGACGUCAUAUUCCUGGGCAUGGCCAGCGAAUCGUCGACCGUCGGCGCGCCCACUAACAAAUCUAAGAAACCGCGUCCACUCGAAGAUGAUCAUGCGGUCAGCAUUGAGAAUGCCAUUGCCAAGGCGCUCAAGAAGGGGGGCAUUGAGCCGCCCAUGCCCAAGAUAAACAACAACAACAACGUAAACAGUGACGCCGACAGCGCUGCCAACGCCGCCGGCGACAGCGGCAGCGCUGCCAUCAGCCUCGAUGGCUGCCAAAUUGGGGGACAGCAACAGCAGCAGCAGCAGCAGCUGCAGCCGCCAAGUCGCAGCAGCCGUCGACGCAAGCGCAAAAAGGAACGCGAACGCGAGCAAAAGAAAGACAAGGAGCAUCAGAAACGCGCACGUCGCGACUCCAUGGACGAUGUGGCCGGCGCCGCCGGCAGCGAUGAGCUGGAAAUGGAUGAGUACGAGAUGAUGAAUGUGCGCGGCGGCAGUCCGCCGCCGCCAGGUGCCGCCACGAGCAGUGUGGCCGCACGCUAUGCGGGCGACUGGCCGGGCAUGGGCGACGACGCCGGCCACGAGUCGCCGCCGGACAACUACAGCAGCUACGAUUCCUACUCGGACGACGAGCCCGGCAGCGCGGCGGUCGGCGCCGCCCAGCGGCGACGCCAGCGACGCGAGCGCGAAAAGGACACGCGCGGCGGACGCAAGCGUCGCGACCGGGACAGAGAACGCGAUCGUGAUCGCGACCUGGACAGACGUCACGAUGGCGGCGGCGGCGGCGGUGCGGGCGGCGGAGGCGGAGGCGGCGUCGGUGGCAGCGGCAACAAGCGCAAUCGACGGGACUCCGGCGACGAGAAGCCGCGCGAGCCACGCAAACUGGAGCUGUGCAAGUUCUAUCUGAAGGAUUGCUGCGCCAAGCGCGACAAGUGCAGCUACAUGCACAAGGAGUUCCCGUGCAAAUACUAUUACCUGGGCAUGGACUGCUAUGCCGGCGACGACUGCCUCUUCCAUCACGGCGAGCCGCUCACCGAGCAGCUGCGCAACAUACUCCUCAAGCACAUGGAGACGGCGCCCAAAGAGAUUCUGGGCGACUUUAAGCGCAUCUCCCGCGACAUUGCGCUCAACCAGAUGACACGCCGCCACGAGCAGCUGUGCGAACAGUUCAACAUGGACAAUGCCUGGACAACGCUGGCCAGCGCGGGGAUUAGCCGACUGCAGGAUCAGCAGCAUGCGGCUGCAAAGGCGGCCGCUCAGGCCAAUCAGGCGGCAGCCAUUGCGGCGGUCAAUGCCAAUCUGCAGCAGGCGGCGAGCACGGGCGCGGGCGCUGCAGCGGCUGGGGCCGGGAUCAAUAUACCCUCGCUGCUGGACAUGGUCAUCAAUCCGCCCAUUAAUCUGCAUCAUGGCGAUGCCAAGCCCGAGAAGAAGCGCAAAUCGCGCUGGGCCGAAAAGGGCGCCACGAAAGGUGCGGCUGGCAAUACAGCGGCUGGAGCAGCAUCCUCGCCAACUGGCCCAGCUGGAGCUGCUGCCAAUGCCAUCGUCACGAAUCCCGCCACAGUUACCGGCAGCAGUGCGUCGCCAGGUGUUGGCGCUGCGGCCAAGCCGCUGCCCGCGCACUUGGAUCUGGUGAAUCUGACGCAGGUGCUCAGCGCCGAGCACAUGGCCAAGCUGAACAAGCUGGGCAUUAGCAAUCUGGAGCAGAUGCUGCAGGUGCCCUUCGGCCAGCUGACCGAGGCGGGCCUCACGCUGCCCGAAAUUGGCGAGAUCCAGCGCAAGGCCGAGGAGGCCAAGCCCCAUGAGCCGGGUGCCCAAGUCCCGGCCAGCACCACAGCAGACACCCCCGCCACAGCCAAGAGCACUGCCAAGUCGGAUCAGGAGACGAGCAACUUGAGCACCGUCGUCAGCUCCAAUAGCAACAGCAACAGCAAUAACGGCUUCAUCAUGGUCGACUACACGCAGUAUCUGAAGGAUGCACAUGUCAACUUUCCCGGCAGCGAUCCGCUGGACGAUGAUCGCGAGGAGGAUGAGGAGCAGCUGGUCAUCGAUGAUGGCAACGACGAGGACGAGGAGGACUCCGAAUCGGAUGUCAAGUCAAAGAAAACGAAACGUUCCAGUGAGGAGGAGGAGAAGGACAAGGACAAAGACAAAGACAAAGAGAAAAAGCCGCCGUCCGAAUUGGAGGAUGAUACGCCGCCAAGGCCGUCCGUAUUUGAUUUGCCCACCUUUAUGAGCAACAUGCUCGGCCAAAAGCCGGCAGCUGCGGCUGCUUCCGCGGCCGCGCCCGCGCCCGCUGGCUCAUCCCCAACGACACCGGAGCCGCACAGCGAGAGCAGCCCGCCAACGUCGGCGGGCAAGAACAGCAGCGGACCCUUCGGCAAGCUGCUCUUCGGCGAGCAGAAGGAGCCGGAAAUGCGGGCCUCCUUCUAUCGGGACAUCAUACGCAAUCCCUUCAAGCCGAACAGCGGCGAUGGCCAAGGCGAUGACAGCGACAAUGACAACGACAACGACAAUGUCAAGGAUAACGACUUCAGCAGCUUCAGCUACAUGGACGCCGCCCAGUGCUCGAAUUCCAAUUCCCGUUCGCUGACGCCGACACCGACGCCCGAGCCGGGCUCCCAAUCGCCCAAGGGCCUGGGCGGCGGCGGUGAACAGUCGACGCCGGCAACGGGAGCUGGACAACUGCCCGCCGCCUCGAUAUAUACGCGCCACUCCAUGUACGACUACGAUCCGGCGAAGGCAGCGCUCGAGGAUGCACGGGCGAGCGCCGCGAAACGCGAACGGGAUCGCGAUAUUGAUAUGCGUCUGCCGUUCGAGCCGAUGAAACACUAUUUGCCCGCCACCGAGAUCGAUGCGGCGAUCUUCUCGCACAUACCGAUACGCUGGCAAAUGCAGGAGGUGCUCGUCGAGCCGGCCUGCUAUGCACAGCUGCGCCAGAGCGCCAGCCACAAGGAGCAGCGCGAGCUGCGCGAUCCCCGACUGCGUCGCAUACUCGGCCUGCCCGAGCUCUCCGACGACAACACGGCCACGGGCAGCGGCACCGCCUCCGGCCUGGGCAGCGGCAUCGGAUCCGGUGCGUAUGCGACAGAGGGACGUGAGCGCAAGACGAGCAACUGCAUCGCCUCGCCGGACGCACAGAUGGCGGACUCAACGCCCAGUUCACCGCCGCCAUCGUCGGCAGGGACUGCUGUGCCGCCGCCUUUGGCCGAGCCGCUGGCCAGUGCACCAGCUGCCGCCGGCGGAGAUCCGCGUCGGGCCGAUCCGCGUCGUGAUCCGCGACGCGCGCAUUUAAAUGUAACCAGCUCCAGCAACAGCAACAACAGCGGCAACGUUUCGGGGGGCGUGGCCGCUGUCAAUGACAGCAGCCGGCAAAUCUCCGAGAUACGCAAUCUGCUGCAGAGCUCGAACUGGUACAAGAACCUGGGCAGCAACAACAAGAUCAUGGUCAAUCAGCAGCUGGCGCUGGUCUUCACCGAACUGAAGAAGUUCCAUCAGCAGGAAUCGCCGAACAAGAUCUUCGACGUGAACUUCAUAGUCAGCAAUCAGACGCUCCAGCAGAUCUUUGCCAAGCUGCACAUCUAUAUCGAUGACAACGGCCUCGUCGUACAGCUGCCCGAGGAGCCGCCCCAGAAUGUUGGGGGCGGGCCCGUUGGGGUGGCCAACAUGCCGCCCAUAUUGCCGAACAUGUCGCAGCCGCCGCCGAAUUUGGUGCAAAUGCUGCGGCAACCGCCGCCAAAUGUCGGCCGGAUGAUGCCCAUGGGCAUGGGCGGCAUGCCGCCCUUUAAUCAACCGCCCCCGCAGCGCUCCAACAGCAUACUGGGCAUGCCGCCCAAUGUGCCCAACGUGAUGAGCGUGAUGAACAGCAAUCCGUUCAAUCCGUUUGCCGGCGGCAACAAUCUGAACAAUCUGAACAACCUGAAUACCCUAAACAAUCUGAACAAUCUGAACAAUCUGAAUAACCUCAACAAUCUGAACAAUAUGAAUAACUUGAAUAACAUGAACAUGAACGGCAUGAACAAUAUGAAUGGCAUGAACAUGAACAAUUUGGGCGUCGCGUUCAAUGGCGGCGGCGGCGGCGGUGGACCCGGACCCGGACCUGGACUUGGACCUGGACCUGGACCUGGACCCGGACCUGGACCCUUCAAGAACUUCGGACCAGGUGGCAACAAUGGCAAUCAGGGGCGCCAUUAUGUUGGCAAUCGCAAUCGCGGCGGCGGCGGCGGCCAUCGAAAUCGCAAUAAUUAAUUACAAGAAGAAAAGCAAUUACUGGGCAAAAAAAAAGAAAAGAAAA